AAGAGGCAAGCGAUACUGAAGAUGACCUUCUCGAAGCCAAAGAGUCCGUCCACAGAGCUGGAGUUUGAGGGAGUCGUAGAGGAGCUGAGGAGGGACAAGAAGAUGUAUCAGAAAACAGCCAUGCUCCAGUUCAGACAGCCCUUCCAGACCUUUCCUCAGACUCUCCUCCUGCGGGAGACUUUCACCGUCGACCUCCUCAAAGGUCUCUACAUCCUGGAGUCCAAAGCUGGUUUCCACGGCAACAGGGAGGCCAUCCACACGCUCACCCUCGGCUACCGCCCGCCGAGCCCUUUUGUUUGUUCUGCACUUGUCCAUCCUUUCAGCUCCGACACUAUUCCAUCAGACUCGGAAAUCUGUGUGACCAUCACCAGCAACCAGACCCAGAAAGACCUACGAGGCCGGUUACGUGUUGGAAGCAAGGAGAGACUUACUUUCUUCGGUCAAGUUCAGUUGAACCCAUUGCACUCAAGUCACAAAGCGAUAAAAGUCAGAGCCAACUUCACCCAUCAGCUCCAGCUGCAGCUCCCCGCCUCCGCUAUAGUGGAAGGAAACAUACAUUGGAACCCCAAAAACAACAGCGAGUUUGAUUAUCAGGCCAGAGGGAAACUGAGAAUAGAGCGACAGGAGUGCCAAGUUUCUGUUCAGCUCAAUGGAACGUCGGGAAGACUCGGCCUUUAUUCCUCGCUUAGCCAUCCAUUCAAAUCAAAGAUUCCCAAGACAUUAGAGGUAAAGGCCACUGCAGACAUUUUUGCAGUUCCUGGUACAGGAAGUAGCUCAGUACAUGUGAGGGCUGAUGGGAAGGACAGGGUGAAGCUGGACGCUCAGAUGUCCCACUCCUACCAGAGGGGACACAGAGCCGUGGGACUGACAGUGAACGCAUCUCAGAGCCUGCUGCCAUCUGCCACCGACCUGCAUGUAAACAUGGCGGCCAACCUGUCGUCAGACAGCGUGUCUCUACAUGGCUCCUACACUCAGGGGCGUGAGGCUCUGCUGGCUCAGGUCAAAGGCUCUCUGAAAGACACCAGAGGUCUCCAGCUGGCUGUGUCUGGGGACCUGAGGCACUCCAUGACCUGCCUUGCUAUUUUGCCUCCGGUCCUGGGACUGGACGGGACGCUGGGACGGUCUGACACCCUUGUUGAAGCUGAGAGUCAGAGUGAUGGAGACCUUGUACAGUGUGGAGCUGAGACAUCAGGAGGAUACCAGAGACAGAGGAGAAGAUGAAGGCAUGAUGGGAAAGAAAC